GUCGCUCCUUGUUUCGAAGCGUUUUCUCAAAAGUCGUGCAAGCUCUUCUCUUCACCUUCGUUAAAGUAUUAGGUUCAACGCCCAGUUUCGCAGCCGGAGUUAGAUCGAAAACUAGGAAAUUCCAAAAUUGAAAUACCAUCGGAAAGUAGAACUCGAACUGUAUAAGAAGAGUUAUCAUUUUCAUAAAAGUCAGGCAUUUUUAACUAUCUUACGAUGGAUUGGCGGGGUAAUGGCAAAGCUAUAUUGGUCUGACAACCCUUAAAACCAAAGUUCACACUGAUCACAUGGCAGCAGCUGGGAGUUCAAUGCUGUAUUCUCUAUUUCUGUUUGUUGCCACACUUUCUCUGCAAGAAAUGUUUAGAGCAAAGUUAGCUUCUUCAGAGUUGUUUACUAUUCUUGGAGGAUUCACAAGUUCUAUUGUAUUCCUCACACUCCUCACGUUCAUUGGAAAUUAUCAGGAGACAAUUGGUGUCAGAACAGGGUGGGGAGCUGUUAUCAUUGCAGAAGCUGUGGCCCUAAUAGCUGCUAGUUCUGUUCAUCGAGUUUGUAUCACAACUUGCUUUCUGUUUUCUGCUGGACUUUUAUACGAGGUCAACAAACUCUCGGGAAUGACUGACAUUAAAGCUAAAAGGGUUUGAAUGGAAGUUCGCCUAUUCCUCUGAUUUCACUGAGUAACCUUAUAGUAAGUGGUAAAUCGGCUACGGUUCCUCGAAGCACAAUCUCAACUACGAACCUUAGUAUACCUGGUUCUCCAGUUAAUCAGAUCUUGAUUGUUCUUUCUGCUAUUAGAGUUGGAGUUCCUAACAUCUUAUAUUCGCAUAAAUAUAGAUACUAUAUAAAUUUUAUGAUUUAGUAUAACUGAAUACUUCAUAUGAGUUUAUUCUGUUUCUCUUGAUUUUGUAAGGAUUUUUUGGAUAAAGAGCCUCAGUUUUUUUUAACUA